CUCCACUGGGAUCAGCUGAUCGUGGUUCCGGGUGCAGCUCAGCGCCGUGCAGCCUCGGAAAGGGGAGACCCCCCCCCCCCCAACCACCUUUCCUAGCUCCCUCCUGCGCGUGUGUGUGUGCGCUUCCCUGUCUACCUCUUAACGCCUUACAGAUCUCGGACAGUCCUGCACGAGACAUGGCGACGGAGCCUCCUAAACUCCUGGAAAUAGACGUGAAUGCAAACGAAAGGUUCUCGCGCAUCAAGGCGGCCUUUCUCUGCAAGUUUGGCCGAGCUCCCGAGUUUUAUGCCCGAGCGCCAGGUCGCGUCAACCUCAUUGGGGAGCACAUCGAUUACUGUGGCUAUGCCGUGCUGCCCAUGGCCAUCGAGCAAGACAUCGUGACAGCGGUGGCUGGAAAUACCUCUGGAAUUGUCAACUUGGCCAACACAAACUCCGUCUACCCUGAUUACAAUGUUGCUGUGGAUAAAGUUGUGAUAGACAAAAGCCAGCCACACUGGUACUACUAUUUCCUCUGCGGAUUUCUGGGAUUGAAGGAGCACCUGGGUGAGGUGACGUGCCAUGGCAUGGACUGCCUCGUGGAUGGGACCAUCCCUCCCAGCUCGGGCCUUUCCAGCUCCAGUGCCAUGGUCUGCUGUGCCGGCCUCGCCACGAUGCACGCCAACCACAAGAGCAUGUCCAAGGUUACGCUGGCCGAGGUGUGCGCGCGCUGCGAAAGGUAUAUUGGGACGGAGGGUGGAGGCAUGGAUCAGUCGAUCUCAUUCUUGGCUGAAGCGGGAAAGGCGAAACUCAUCGAGUUCAACCCCCUGCGCGCGAGCGACGUGCGCCUGCCGGGAGGCGCGGCGUUCGUCAUCACCAACAGCCUCGCGCAGAUGAACAAGGCGGCCUCCUCCCACUUCAACAUGCGGGUAGUGGAGUGUCGACUUGCCACCAAGGUGAUGGCCAAGACCAAGGGGCUGACGUGGCGGAACAUCAGCAAGCUGGGAGAGCUCCACGACAAGCUGGGGCUGGAGCUGCCCGAGAUGGUGCGGUUGGUGGAGGAGACUCUGCACUGCGAGCCGUACAGUCGUGACGAGGUUUGCGCCCUGCUGGGCAUCGCCUCCGAAGAGCUGGAGGCGUCCGUGCUGAGCGAAAACACUCGCGACGCUAACAGCUUCAAGCUGUAUCAGCGAGCCAAGCACGUGUUCGGCGAGGCCGCGCGGGUGCAGCAGUUCAGACGGGUCUGCCAAGAGGCGCAGAGUGGGAGCGACGCGGAGGUGAUGAGCAGCCUGGGCGAGCUAAUGAAUGACAGUCACGCCAGCUGCCGGGACCUGUACGAGUGCAGCUGCCCCGAGCUCGACAAGCUUGUCGAGUGCUGCCUCAAGAGUGGUGCCGUGAGCUCGCGCUUGACGGGCGCUGGCUGGGGAGGGUGCGCCGUGUCUCUGGUGCCUGUCGGGGAAAUAGAAGCCUUCCAGUUGUUGUUGAAGGAGAGGUUUUACGUGGAGGCCCCACACUCUCGGCUCUUGGCAUACAACAGCAUGUUUGCGACCCAACCUGUCAUGGGAGCCGCCCUCUACAAAGAGGCUUUGUGAAUAGGGGUCCCCCCCCCCCACUUGCGGCACAGAGCUGCUGUUGCCUGUUACACGCGGGGGCCACGUGUACACAUCCACGUUUUACUGGAAGUUUCCAUUCCCAAGAAGUUGGUGUGUUGUGAUUAAGAAAGAAAAAAAUCUUCAUAUCUGAGCAAAUUAAUUUCAUGGUUUUUUUGGGUCCAUUUUCCUGGAUAUAAUUUUUUUUCACAAUGUCCACUGGGAAAUAAUAGCGCAAGGUGUUUAAGGUAAAUAGGUUCAAUAUAUGGCACACGAGGCAAAAUAUUGGUGGAACUGGCAGUCGGUUAAGCUUGUUUAAGUAAAAACAAUCUACGCACAUUACAAAAAGAUCUCUCCUGCGAUUUGAACAGGGUCGCGCGCUUUACCGACUUCUACAGGUUUGUGUUGCCCUGCCCGUGGCUUGUUUAGUAUUCACGCAAACACUCCCAUUGUUGAGAAAUCAAUACUUUCCUGCGAGAAAUUAGCAAGCAUUAAGGCUUUUUUUUUCGUGUUUCAUUUUUUGCCCCGGCGCUUUUCAGAGCGGCAGGGCGGUCACAUGUCACGCGCCCAGUAUAGCGGUUUGGACGGUAAAAUUAGAGCGUUUUCAGCGAUGCUACAGUCCUGUCACAUGAAGCCCCCCCCCCCUCCUACCUCCGGCUCUGGGUGCAGAGUUCAUGGGAAAACGCAGGGCCCCUGCUGCCAGAUCAGACGUAGGGGAAACCCGAUUCCUUGUUGUGUGUAAUUUAAGAUCGGGGACUUGGCGGACGUUGGGGGGGGGGGGAGGCAGAGAGACCUGUAUGCUUUGGACGUGGUUGGACACGGCAGGUAGCCCGGCCCGACAGUCGUGGGUAUAAAAACGCCGAGGCCGCUGGAGAGUAGGUGGGUGGCUUUGGGGGUGAGCUCCUGGUCGUCCCACUCUUUAACUUCUCUCUCUCUCUCUCCCUAUCCCUCUGAGUCACCCAAUCUCUGAACUACCUCUUUGUGUGUCUUUACAAACUGGCUGAAUGGGGACAGCGAUUGAGAUUAAAGGAUGAUUAAAGGCCUGGGAAACGUGAAACAGUGUAAUGAUUGUUGUAAUCGCUUUAAUGAAUGUAAUACUGUGGUAUGUGUUACCUUCAUGCAGAGGAUUUUGGUGUAUACAUACUUAUAUUUUUAGAAAGGGGUAACGGUUUUUAAUAGUCUUAUUGACAAUUCAUUUUUAUAAAUAGUUCACAACUAGUGAUUUGUCAAUUUGACAUUUAGAAAUAAAAUCAAUAAUUUCAAUGUCAUCUCUCCAUUGGGGAGGAUACGAUUUGUUUAAUCUCUGCGAUGUCACGAUUGCUUUGCAUGAGUUUCACAAAUUAAUACAUCGAAUAAAAAUCACGUAGAAAAAAAACAACAA